AUGUCAACCACAGAAAACGGCAUACGAGCAUCAGACUUUGAAUUCCAAGCAUUGGAAAAUUAUUCCCCAACCACAGAAAUAUGGACUCUACAGGAAUCUCGAGAUGAAAGGAUACGUCUCGGCCUACCCGGUGGGCAACAAACCCCAAUGACUAGUUUUGACCGUGGUCAAGAGGUUUUCACCGAGGCUCAGAAUCACAAUUGA